GGCAGGUGAAGAUUAAUAAACUUCUUAUGUCUGCCUCACCUUAUCCGAAGGUUACCAAAUUUUUUCUGUGCAUUGAUUUAAGGAUUGGAGUGCUAUGUUAUAUCUCAUUUGAGAUGAUGUUGUGGUUGUUCUUAUCAUACGCAGCUAUUGAUAAUGAAUUUGAAUUCUUCCGCAAUUACGACUUGUAUAAGUUUGAAGAGCACAUCGAAGACAAUUGGUAUUACGAAUUGAUUUUUGGGCUGCCAGAAGAAGAAGAUUACGAUUACGAAUAUGGACUUGAAUCUGUUGUUGACGAUUCUGAUGGCAUAGAUAUUGAAUAUCGGUUUCAAAGCUUAACAGUUAAUGGAAUAUUAAUGUUGAUUUUUAUUGCAUAUUCGAUUCUUUCAUUUGUUUAUACUAUUGGAAUUGGAACGAAAAACACAAAUCUCUUCAUUCCAUAUUUUCUAUUUGAUAUUUACAUCAUUUGGAUAAGUUUCAUCAUGAUAAUCGGAGGAUUAUUUGAGUUGAACUUCGUUCUCAUUAGAAACUGUUCAAUAUUUGCUUCGGUGAAAAUUUAUCCAGCAAUUUGUAAUUAUUCGCUGUUUCGGAAGCUCGGUGGAAAGUUUGAAUUCACACGCGAGGUUCCAUCGCCGAUUGGUCCCAACAUAGACUUUGAAAGCAGAAGAAGAUCGUCUGAUAUAAAGAAAAAACGAAGGAAAGACGGAGAAGAUUUUGAAAUGGAAACACUCCAAACAGUUCAAAUACAUCGUAAAAACUCGAAAUCACCACGAAGAAAUUCUUUUAGAAAAGAAGUCGAUUUAAUGAAUAGUUUUACAUUAGUUUGAUUGUAGGAAUACGAAAAAAAAGUCCAACAAUUAAUUUCAUGACACAAUCAUCUCCAAAGAUCAACAAAUUAAUUAAUUAGCACUCGACAUCCCAAUAAUGAAAAUUGUUAAAGACUUAAAAAAGAUUUUAGUUAGAAGUUAGUUUCGAAUGAGUUACUUUAGUUAAUAUUUAUGUAGAAUUUUUCUUAAUUAGUUUUUUAAGAAAGUGUAACACUUGACAUGACUUUUAUUUAAAUAUUUGUAAAUUUGUGUAAAUUAAAUAAAUUUUGAUUUAUUGAUGAUGAAACUUUCAAUCAUUCAUUCUUAUCAUGUCAACAUUUUACUUUGAUUAUCGUUUUGUUUGACGAAUCUUAAAAGUCUGAGAACUGUUGAUGGUGUCACUCCUUGAAUUCUUGUUGCAGCUGCAAUUGUUUGAGGUUGAAUCAUAAUUAACUUUUCUCGUUCUUCAAAUGAUAAGCAAAGAGAUGCCGAUAAAUAAUCAAUAUUUCUGGGAAUCUUCAUUUCUUCAUCACGACGAAUCUCAACAACUUCCUUCGCUUGUUCGUUCACAACUCUUUCAUAAAUUGCUUCAAUUUUAACUCGAUUACAAAGAUCAGAAUCAUUUCGAAUCCACCCAAGAUUAGGAAGAUCAAGAUUGCAGAUGUCUUCAACACUUGGUGGACCAGCUAACGAUAUAAACUCAAAAGCG